AUGUCACAAAAGUUAAGGGAAGAUGAGGAAGAAAUAGAGAUCACUCUUAUUGAAGUUUCUAUUGUUAAUAAUGAUGCACAAACUGAAGUUCAAAAAAAGACUACCCCUCUAGUGACUCCAAUAGUCACUCAACCACCAGUUCCUUCCCGACUUGAAACUUCAAAGAAGAAUGCAGAGGAGAAAGAGAUCUUGGACACCUUCAGAAAGGUGGAGGUAAACAUUCUUUUGCUUGAUGAAAUCAAACAAAUCCCUAGAUAUGAAAUUUUUUUGAAAGAACUUUCCACAAACAAAAGAAAAUUGAAAGGGAAUGAAAAUAUUUCAAUGAACGAAAAUGCAUCUGCAGUGUUGCAAAGAAAACUUCCACCUAAAUGCAAAGACCCUGAAAUGUUUACAGUUCCUUGCAAAAUAAGGGAUGUCACUUUUAGUAGUAUCAUGCUUGAUCUUGGUGCUUCUAUUAAUAUCAUGCCAUAUCUGGUAUACGAAUCGUUAAAUGUCGGUCCUUUAAAUGAAACAGAUGUCAUAAUUUCACUUGUGGAUAAAUCAAGUGUUUUUCCUACAGGUGUUCUAGAAGAUAUUUUGGUGCAAGAACAAGUUUCCUCCAAAUCGGCUCUAAUCUUGCUUGGAAGACCGUUUUUGGAAACGGUUAGGACAAAAAUCGAUGUGUAUGCGGGUAGUUUAACAGUGGAAUUUGAUGAGUUGCUUGAGUUGACAAAUGGUGACAUGUUGGAGAUGAUUCUAAGCAAAGCGUUCGAUUGUAGGAAACUAGCCAAGAAACUAAAGCUCUAUUCUCUAGAUCCGGAAGUUGAAAAGCUGGUUGACAACUUUGAGGUCAAGAAAACUACACAAUUCGAUGUCAAGCUAAUUGAGUUGCCUGAAACUUACACAAAGUUGUCACCUUCCUUUGUUCAACCACCAGAAUUGGAAUUGAAGGUCCUACCUCAAUACUUGAAAUAUGCUUAUUUGGGAAAGAAUGAGACUCUUCCGGUUAUUAUUUCCACUUAUUUAACCGAAGUCGAAGAAGAGCAACUCCUCAAAGUGUUGGAGGAACACAAAGAAGCCAUGGAUUGGACGAUCAUGGAUAUCAAAGGAUUGGGUCCCUCCACUUGUAUGCAUAAAAUUUUGAUGGAUGAUGAAUGCAAGCCAAGCCGGGAUGCAUAA